AUGGCGGCGGUGUUGGAAGCCGGUUCUGUAGGUCACUUCGAGGAACUGCUCCAGAAGAGCGACAAAUCUCUGCUUGUAGUGCAUUUCUGGGCACCAUGGGCUCCUCAGUGCGCACAAAUGAACGACGUUCUGGCUGAACUGGCCAAGGUCCAACCUGAAGUCACAUUCGUAAAGCUUGAAGCAGAAGCCAUUCCUGAGGUGUCGGAGAAGUACGAGAUAACCUCCGUGCCAACCUUCUUGUUUUUCAAGAGUUCUCAGAAGAUUGACAGGCUAGAUGGGGCUCAUGCACCUGAGCUGACCAAGAGAGUCCAGCGCCAUGCAUCAAACACUGCUUUUCCCGCUACCCCCAACAGCACUCCCAAAGAGGACCUCAACGUCAGGCUUAAGAAGCUAAUCAAUGUGGCCCCAUGUAUGCUGUUCAUGAAAGGAUCUCCCCAGGAGCCCGAUGUGGAUUCAGCCGACAAAUCAUAGACAUCCUUAACAAGCAUAAGAUCCAAUUUAGCAGUUUUGAUAUAUUGUCUGAUGAGGAAGUGCGGCAAGGACUAAAGACCUUCUCCAACUGGCCCACUUAUCCCCAGUUGUAUGUCAAAGGAGAGCUAAUUGGAGGACUGGACAUUGUCAAGGAGAUGGAGGCAUCAGGGGAGCUAGAUACUACAUGUCCCAAGGCCCAGAAUCUGGAAGACAGGCUCAAAGCACUUAUCAACAAAGCUUCAGUAGUUCUUUUUAUGAAAGGCAGCAAGCAGGUGGCCAAAUGUGGAUUUAGCCGUCAGAUCCUUGAAAUCCUCAAUAACACGGGUGCAGAGUAUGACACUUUUGACAUUCUGGAUGAUGAAGAGGUUCGACAAGGAUUGAAAACAUACUCCAACUGGCCAACAUACCCACAACUCUAUGUAAAGGGAGAACUUGUUGGAGGAUUGGACAUUGUAAAGGAGUUGAAGGAAAGUGGAGAACUGGAUUCGGUGUUGAAAGGUGGACAAUAA